AGCUUUUGGCCUGCUGUUUUUCCAACGCGUCCGCUGCCCUUUUUGCAGUUUAAUAUCUCCUCAGUUUUCAGAUUUGUUCUAGAGAGCCAAAGGAAUGAUCCGCAUCUGUCAUACUGUGUAAGUAACGAACCUUAACUUUUAUUGAGUCAGUUUGAGUUCGAGUUUAAUGCCAGUCUGACUGAUUUCCCCGCUUCGUGGAUGCUUGGAUGGUGAACCGCAAACCCAGUCAACCAGUGCCAUCAGCCGUAACUUCACUAUGAUAACGAGUACAUUUGGCACGUACGGCGCGGCGGAAGGCAAUGCGCAUUCAGAGUUCCAACGCACCGCGCUGGGCAGUAUACGGCCGAACUCCAACGGAAUGAGCGGAUUAGGCACUAAUCGCAAUGGCCCGGCAUUUGCGCAUACCGCUGCACCAUCUCCUGUGAUUUCAUCCACCAGCAGCCUUCAGAACGUGGUCCGUCGCGUCUUCGAACCUCAAUUCAGGAAUCUCCAAGAUCUGGAACAGACUGUCGAUAAGCAGCAGGCCGGCAGUCUUCGGUUACUCAGGAUCAGCCAGCGCGAGCGACACCGCAUCAUCACGGCGCCUGUGGAUUAUUUUUACCGUAACAUUCUGUUGCCCAAACUGGGACGAGCCAUUAUCUGGCAGUUUCUCUACACAUUCUUCCUUCUGACUGUGUGGAUUUUCAUUGCCAAAUUCAUCGAUGUGUUCUACAUUCAUCUGCAUCUGCGCACGCAGAAUAUGUUUUUCCAUGAUUUUAAACAUUUGUUCAGUGUGGAGUCGGUCUUCAGUUGGCGAACGGUCUUCGGGACGCUGUUUCUCUCUGUGGCUGCGAGUUGGCAUUUUGCACGCUGCCUACGUGUUCCGCCACCGGUUUUCAUCCGCCGAGAAGCCAAAGUAACCGAAAUGAUUCACAAUGUUUUACUGUUAAAUGGUCCGUGGAUUUUGGCAUGUUUGGCGCUGUUGGCAUUGCGUCCGAAUGUUCCUCUCGCAGUGGAGAAAACUGUCGAUGGAAAUGCUAGUCUGACUCGGGAAAUGGAGCUGAUAGAAGCAGCUGAUCGGAGCACAGCGGUGCUGUGGUGGGAAAUUUUUCUCUGGGAAAUAUUAUUUAAGAUUCUUGUGCCUUUCAUAUUCGUUUAUUCACUGAUUGUGGCAGUGGACAUAUAUCGGUUCUGGAAAGGAGAAUUUUUUAUUGGAUUGCUUCGUGAUGGAAUUGCCGGUACUCCAUUAUGGAGAAAAUUCUUCAACAGCCCCAUUUCAUUCAUAAUGGAAGCUAAGGGCGCUGCAGUAAUUCUUAUCAAAGACAAGCUGAACAUCGUUGUUGCUGUUCCAAAUCAACCCUUUUUGAUCGUUUUGGGUUUACUCUUCUUUUUUCCAUUGCUUUUUCCACUUGGGAUGCUGUUUCGUAUAUGGAUUUACUAUCACUGCUUGUCGUUUGCCAUUAUUCGUCUAUGGCAGUUUAAUUUGGACGUAGUCAAACAGUCUUUGGUAACCGCGCAUAAAUUUACACAGUUGAAUUUCUUCGACAUUGUGGCCCUUCCUCCUGUGCUGAAGGAUUUACGUCGCAUGAAUUGGGUGUGGUUACCAUACCUGGAGUUGCAGUUGCGAAGUGGAAUACAUGAAUGCUUUCGAACCGAAACAGCACUUUUGAGGGAAUUUUUCACAGUUAAACUAAGCACACGGGAUCUGACUCAACUGGGAAGUUUUGUUCAGUUUUGGAUUAGCCCGCUACGCGAUUAUGCCAUACAGUUGCGGAAAAUUAAGAAUGUGACAUCACUGCCACAUUUCGAGAUGACGCAUUUUAAGAAUGUGAUCUGGGGUGUUAUUUCAUACUUGAUGAAAAUGGCUAGCUUCUAUGAUUUACGCCUGAUGGAUUCUCUGGAUGAACGUUAUGAUGGUGCAGGCAAAGCACUUCUUGCCACACCCUCGUUGCACUGCCUUGAUGACGUCCGGAUUCUUUCAGAGCUGUAUGUUCGUGGUGAUGCUAUGGAUGAAAAAAGCAUUCUUACACAGUAUUAUGACGCGGCUAUAGAAGCUCUCGCCGGCUUAGGAGUAGCCCUAAAGACAACCGAAACUAAUAUUGACGGCACAACAUUAAAUGAACUUCUCCAAGACUCCGCGGAGCUGGAGCCCGCCAUCCGAUUCUAUCUGAAGUCUUUGAAACAACUUCAAGUCCUCGUUCCUUUGUAUUUGCGUGAACUGCUCAAACUAGUGGAUGUCAAAUCGUAUGAUCUCCGUAUCAGCGACUCGGACUGCAGUUAUUAUGUCCAACAGCUUCGACGUGAAAAUUUGGUUUGAUGUUUUGUUAUUUUUGUGUAUAUACAUCCCAGGUCUACUCAUAGCUUUCCAAGUUUGCGAAUUGGGGACAGCAGUUUGUAGUCCCGUUUUUAAUGGCAUUACAUUGGGCUUUUUAAAUAAUAAUCGUUCUGUUGAGAAACUCAUGUCGAAGCUUUUCAUGUCAUAUAUCUGUACUUAAAUAUUUAGUUGAGUGGAUCAACAGACUCGAAAAUAAAAUUAGUGUUCUUCC